AUGACACCCCCGUCUGGCUGUGGUGUGUGUGGCAAGGAAGAUGGAGUUCUCCGCUGCUCUGGCUGUAAGGUGAUGAUGUACUGUGGCGUCGAACACCAGACUGCUCACCGCGGAGAGCAUAAGUCUGCUUGCAGCGCCAUCAGAAGAUGCCGUGUUGCUAUGGAGAAGCAAGAACAGGCCUUACGGGCUCUUCCAGAUGAUCCCUACUCCUAUGGCGUCGGUAACUUCUGGAAGAUCCUCGAGACACGCCCUUACAUGCAGGCCCGUGCUGCCCUGUGUAAUAUCAUGAGCAGUAUUGGGAAUGUCGAAUCGCUUGAAGCACAACUCGGCCUAUUGAUGGAAAAUCUGCGGCUCUGUCGAGGUGAUAACAUGGGCUCACGAGACGUCAUCCCCGGCUUGAUGAUUCGUCUCCAGCAGGACCAGGAGUGCUACGAUUUUCUGAAGUGGUGGGCUACGACUGGCCGGAACCACCGCUAUGAUUGGGGUAAUACCAACCUGCCCUACCUUGACGUCAAGAACGCCAACCCGCUUGAGCCAGUCGAUAUGUUCCGUGGCAAUUCGAAUCUUCCCCAUAUCGUUUCUUUGACUCUAGUCAAGAUCAAAGUGCUUCAAGCGAUCCUCACCGGCAUGAGAUCUGCUGAUGAGAGUAUUACCCACAUGCUGGGACUCAGACCGAAACCUUCGACUAUCGCCAAAAACACCAAUAUCGCCAACUGUCAGGACGCACCGCUCGAAGGUGCGAAACUAAAGGCCCAGAUUCGCGCUUUGUACGAAAGCGUCAAGAAAUUGAACCCCCACUUCUGGCCGGCUCUUAUGGACCCAGGUGAACACUUGGCGGUCAAACCCACGAUGUUUCGGAUUGGGAGUGUGGAACAGAUGCGGAUGACCUUGAAUUUGACCUAUGAAGCAUGGCAAGAGGCUCCUGGGGCCAUUGCUGUUAUUCAGAUGGUCAUGGAGGGUAAACUUUGA